AUGUCCGGCAUUGCAGCUAAACUUCAACACAACCGAGAGAAAUCACGCGGGAUUGGAUCCAACUCUCAGGCGGUAAAAUACCUGAACCAGGACUUUGAGUCGCUGAGAGAUAGCUGCCUGGAGAGAGGGCGACUGUUUAAGGAUGACUGCUUUGAGGCUCUAACUUCAUCCUUAGGCUUUAAUGAACUCGGACCGAAUUCCCACAAAGUUCGUGGCAUCGAAUGGAUGAGACCCACGGAAUUGUCUUCCAAUCCAAAAUUCAUUGUUGAAAAUGCUUCCAGGACUGAUAUUUGCCAAGGAGCACUUGGUGACUGCUGGCUCCUGGCAGCUAUCGCCUCCUUGACUCUCAACAAACAGGUUCUGUCUCGUGUUGUACCUCAUGAUCAAAGCUUUGAUGAGAACUAUGCUGGUAUCUUUCACUUUGAGUUCUGGCAGUAUGGUGAGUGGGUGGAUGUAGUGGUCGAUGACCUCUUGCCCACUAGAGAUGGAAAGCUUCUGUUUGUUCACUCAGAGGAGGGCUCUGAGUUUUGGAGUGCGCUGCUGGAGAAAGCCUACGCCAAGCUAAAUGGAUGCUACGAGGCCCUUUCUGGGGGCAGCACUAUUGAGGGUUUUGAGGACUUCACUGGAGGUAUUGCUGAGCGUCACGACCUGAGCAAGGCAGAUCCCCACCUCUUCAAAAUCAUUAAGAAGGCCUUGGACAGAGGUUCUCUUCUGGGAUGCUCCAUUGAUAUCACCAGCGCUUCCGACUCAGAAGCUGUCACACAUCGCAAGCUGGUGAAGGGCCAUGCUUACUCUUUGACAGGAGCAGAGCAGGUGGAGUACAGAGGCGACAGGGUGCAGCUGAUAAGGAUUAGAAACCCGUGGGGUCAGGUGGAGUGGAAUGGAGCCUGGAGUGACAACUCUUCUGAGUGGCGAUAUGUGAGUGAUGAUGACCGGGCGAGGCUGACCAACCGCUCUGAAGACGGAGAGUUCUGGAUGUCAUUUUCUGACUUUCUGCACCAAUAUUCUCGUCUUGAGAUCUGUAACCUCACCCCUGAUGCGCUCUCAGAUGAAUACAAGAAAUGGGCAGAGACUGAGUUUGAAGACACAUGGAGGAGAGGCGCUUCAGCUGGUGGCUGCAGAAACUAUCCAAAUUCUUUUUGGAUGAAUCCUCAGUUUGUCAUAAAGCUUGAAGAUGUGGAUGAUGACACUGAUGAUGGUGAGGAGGGCUGCACCUUCAUUGUGGGCCUGAUGCAGAAGAACAAGCGUCGUAGGAGGAAAAUGGGGGAGGACAUGGAGACCAUCGGCUUUGCCAUCUAUGAGCUGCCUGAUGAGUACUCUGGAAAAAGGCAAGUGCACCUGAAGAAAAACUUCUUCAUGUACAACAGUUCAGCCGCACGCUCCGAGACCUUCAUCAAUCUGCGGGAAUUGUGCAACCGCUUCUGUCUUCCCCCUGGGGAAUACCUCAUCGUCCCCUCCACCUUUGAGCCCAACAAAAACGGCGACUUUUACAUGCGGGUGUUCUCUGAGAAACAGGCUGAUUUCCAGGAAAUUGAUGAUCCUGUAGACUGCCACAUCGAGCAGAUUGAUAUUGAUGAAGAUGAUAUCAGUGACAGAUUCAAGAGACUUUUUGGACAGCUUGCCGGACAUGAUGUGGAGAUUUCUGCAUUCGAGCUCCAAAAAAUCCUCAACCGAGUGGUGGUUAAGCGAGACGACAUCAAAACCAACGGGUUUAGCCUGGCAACAUGUCGUAACAUGGUCAAUCUGCUAGAUAAAGAUGGAAGCGGCAAACUGGGAGUGGUCGAAUUUAAGAUCCUGUGGACAAAGAUUGAAAAGUUCCUGGAUCUGUACAGAGAGAGAGACACAGACAACAGUGGCUGUAUGAGUGCUUCAGAGAUGCGGAUGGCUGUGGAGGCUGCCGGUUUCUCUCUCAACAACCCGCUACAUCAGAUUAUUGUGGCCCGCUACAGUGAACCAAAUCUCACCAUUGACUUUGACAGCUUUGUGAGCUGCCUGAUCCGCUUAGAGUCACUCUUCAACACCUUCAAGACCCUGGACAAGGAUGACUCUGGUGAGAUAGAGUUGGGUUUUAUGCAGUGGCUGAGUCUGGCGAUGGUGUAGAGGAGCUCUGAUUGUUUGCAGCUGAAGAAUUCAUGAUUAUGUUGAACAGCUUCAUAUCGACAGUCAACAUUUCUGCAUAUUUGCUUUAUAUUUGCAUCAGCUUCUUGUUUUCUUUUGUACAACUUAAUUAAUGAAUACUAAACCUGAGGGGAAAGUAAUUAAU